ACGCAUCACGCAGCACCUUCCUGCCCCUUUCCUAAUACCGUACAAGUUACCUUAAACAAACGGAGAGACGACCGUCACGACCCCGUCAUCUGACUCUCUCUCUCUCUCUCUAGUCUCUAUCUCCCCUUCCCCACCUAUAUUUUCUCCGCCAGACCUUCGCUUCAACGGAACCCCCGAAAUCUCUCCCCAUUCUUCUUCUUCUACUUCUUCUUCUUCAAUUCCCCUUUUUCACUCGUAUAAAACCCAAUUACUGAGUCAAAAUACAACUUACGGUCGAAGGAAAGGGCGACGGCAUGAGCUUUGAAGAUCUUGAAUCGGGCCGCCCUUUGACUUUCAAUGGACGGCAACACCGUCAGGACCCGUCACAGGCUGUGGCCGCCGGCGUGUUUCAGAUCAACACCGCCGUCAACUCUUACCAACGCCUUGUUAAUUCCCUCGGUACCCCCAAGGACACCUUCGAACUCCGUCAAAAGCUGCAUAAGACCAGGCAACAUAUAGGACAACUGGUGAAAGAGACGUCGGCUAAGCUUAAGCAAGCUAGUGAAACAGAUCAUCACACUGAUGUCAGCGCCACCAAGAAGAUUGCUGAUGCUAAGCUCGCAAAAGAUUUCCAGUCAGUUCUGAGAGAAUUUCAGAAAGCUCAACGGCUUGCAGCUGAGAGGGAGACGGCGUAUGCUCCUUUCGUUCCUAAGGAAGUUGUUUCGUCCAGCAGCAGCGACGUCACUGAACUGGAGAUGGAUUCAACGAAGAGCCAACAGUUCGCUCUUCUCACAGAAUCUAGAAGACAGGAGGUUGUCAUGUUGAAGAAUGAGGUUGUUUUCAAUGAAGCCAUUAUCGAAGAAAGAGAACAAGGGAUACUAGAAAUUCAGCAGCAGAUUGGUGAGGUGAAUGAUAUUUUUAAGGAUCUGGCUGUGCUGGUUCACGAGCAAGGAGUUAUGAUUGAUGACAUUAGCUCGAACAUUGAGAGUUCUCAUGGUGGAAUUGCACAAGCUACUUCCCAAUUGGCAAAAGCAUCCCGGAUCCAAAGAUCCAAUUCAUCUUUGACCUGUCUCCUGUUACUGAUCUUUGGGAUCAUUCUGAUUAUUGUGAUCAUAGUUGUGGUAGCAUGACCAGCAAUAUUGGUCCGUCAAUUUGUUUGGGGAGGCUACUACCAAAAUGCAACCUGACUCGAGUUGGUCACAUCUCGUCCGACCACCAAGCAUUUUGAGGUUAUUCCUCACCUACUAAAAUACGUGUGAAGUUGAUCACCAAUGUACAGUCUUUUUCGCAUGUGGGACGGCCCACCUCUUACUACGAGGCUUUGUUACAAACGGAUAAUGUAAACCACAUCCUUGCCAUAUUCUCAACCGAUGCGAAUUCAAUGAAUAUGUAAUUCUUUCUUAUUCUUUA